ACAUAGUUAUAGCCCAUAUAUGGCGCUAACAGGAAGUCAACUGCUCUGGCCAUGUGGAAAUUUGCAUUGCUCUCUUUCCACAUUUGCAGAAAAAGCGUGACAUUUGUGACAUUUCUAGGGCUUUAUUAACGGAGACCUUCUUUACGGUUUAUUAUUUUAACGUUUAUUUAACGAUUUAAUCCCGGGUGGUCUAUAUAGGAAUAUAUAAUUAUUCAUAGGGUAAAUACAAUGCGUAAAUUGAUCUGUAGGCCUACCGAAAUGUAUCUGGCGUGAAGGAAUCUUGUUGGUUUUACGUCCGAAUGAAGUGACGGCGAGUAACGGGGCGGUGCUGCCGGUGAAGACCACGACACACACACACACAGACCCGGGUGAAUGACAGAUGCGCGUUUGAGGACAGCAAAUCAUCUGCGCGCACACUAUUUCCUACAGCAUGUGGAUAUAGCGCGAUCUAUGUCGCUGGAGUCGUUACCGUUCAAUUACCAGACAAAACGGGGAACGAUCACGCGACUCGCGUCUGCGCGUGCAACGAACAUCACGGCGCAUCCGCGGGGAAGCAAAGCCUUUAUUUGAUUUCGCUCACGGAGCCUGCAUCGUGACAUAAAGGCUGCUCCAGCUGUGCGCCGAGAACAUGGACAGCUACGAGGCUUUCUGCGCACGCGCGCGGUCGGAAAUGAUGCGCGAGAGGAGCUGCAGCGGCGCACCUGCGCGAGAGGUGGCGCACUCGCUCGUCUGCUUCCACGGCAGGCCGGCUUUGUCUCCUGUUCUCAAUGAGAAAGAAAGAAGGGAGAUGGUUGAAUACAAGAAAAGAGCUUCUCAAAUGGAGGCCGAGAGACAGAUUCAUUACAACAAAAACCUCCUCAAUCAGAUUCAGACCAUUCUUUGGACAAAUAAGGCACCAAAAAUAUUGGAUGUGCCAAAGCCUCCAGAGCAGUGCCUGUCUCCAUCCCCUAAAGCAGACUACAGGAAUGGCUUCACAGUACCUGAUGCCGCAAACAUUACACAUUCUGCGGCCACAGAGCCGUACGUCUUUUCUCACAAGCAACCGGUGACCCCCUCAGCUGAGGUGCUCGGGCUUAGGAGAAGAAAAUCGUCAGAAGAAAAACAACCGCAAGAGGAAAUUCAAAUGGAAGGAGUUUGUCUGCAGAACCUUCUGAAGAAAUCCCGUGAAUUUAUCGAGAGAGAGCAAAGUAAACAGGGCGCAAAGGUCAUCGGCAACACAGCAGCUGAUCAAAGCAGGAUCGUCCCCGAAAGCCCGUCGGAGAAAGAAAACGGCUGUGCUUUGAACGGGACGGCCUUUGGUUUACCCUUCUAUAUUCCUUCACCGAACCAGACCUCACCGAGUAACCUGAUAAGCCCAGAAGCUGCCAGUCUAAUCGGCAGGCCCCACCGCGGACGCCCUCGUCCCAUUUCCGCCGGGAACAUCUUCUUCUCAUUCCCCGAAAACCCCAGCCGACCCGACGUCACGGCAAACGCAAGGCCGCCGGAAAGGAUGCUGCUCGGGGUGGAAAACGCGAGCGCGGGCCGGUCCGACGAUCGCUCCAGGCUGAAUGAGGCCACGGGACGAUUGGACGCGUCUCCGGUGGAUCCCGAGCUCGCCAGCCCUCUGUUUCGGAGGAGAUGCCACACGCUGGACAGCCACCUGUCCUCGCGCCAUCAGAGUCCCGUCAUAGACAGGAGUCAGGAGAGGAUGCCCCGCUUCAUGGCCGGGGUGACUGCCAGAACGCCUACUCGGCUGUCUCCUCCUUCACCCAUGAACAAGACUUUCACGCGGGACAGUCCUGUAGCGGCAUUUAUGGGGUCGGGGGUCACCCCAGACUCUCCUUCUCACGCCAGACUCCCCUUUGAGACAGAGAGAAACAGUGUUGUGGGCUCAGCACUGAAAGAAAGGAGAACAGAUGAGAUGCAAUGGCAAGUCCACGCUCUGGAAGACAUGCAGCGAUCUCUGGAGGACGAUUAUGUUUUCCGGAUGUCGCGUCUGAUGGCCGAACAAGAGAGGGAGCAACUGCACCUCGGUCAGGAGUCGGAGGAGCGGGUCAGGAGACUGAGGGCUCAGGGCGGUCUGAGUCCUGUCGCGGGCGAGGACGGCUGUGAAUUAAGGGCCGCUGGUGAACGCUACCCCAUACUGAGCCCCAUGUGCCCUUUAAGCCCAGGAGACAGAUCGCCAAGAAACCCUGUGCCUGCCAUUGGUUUCCCUUCGAGCGCUUUAGACGCGCUGUCGCCCUCGAAACAGACUCCCGUUUAUAUGCGAGGCCCGAAUCACGCGAGAAACAGACUCAGCCAGGCGUUCACGGAGGAGCAGCAGAGGGCGCUGUGUCACCUCACGGCCACCGCGAAGGGCUUCCUGACCAGACGCCUGCUGAAAACGGACAGAGUCAAACACCUGCGGCAGACCGUGCACGACACGCGAGAGUUCAUCCGCUCCUUCAGCGCCGACGGCCCCCAGAGGAGCCGAGCUCUGUCGGAGCAGGACGUCUCCCUGCAGGAGCGCGUCAGGGCCCAGUUACGCGCGGCCCUGUUCGACGUCCACGACGUCUUCUUCUCGACGACUCUCGAGGAGCGCCUGUCUCUGCUGCAGCAGGACCGGGAGCUGCGCGCCGAGAGGAGGCUCAGAGAGAUGGAAAAAGCAAAAAGCCCCAAGGACAAGGUGAUUCUGUCGGCUGCUACCCAGAAGUCACUUGAUAGAAAGAAGAGAGUUGGUGAAUCUCCAAGUCAGACCAGAAAAGCUCAGAAGACCAAGAGUCCUCCUACAAAAAGGAUCCUGCAGCCCAGCCAGGGCCAGAACGCUCCCGUUUCAGGCCAGCAGCUCCUGCGCCGCGGGAGUUACAAGAAGACCCCAGAAGAAAGGGUUCAGCAUUCGGAGAGGCUGAAGAAACAGCAUUCGCUGGGUUGACUUCACGCACGCUUCUCAACCGAACAUGAACAAAUAAUACUGCGCUAGUCACACUUCUAAAAAUACUCCCCUGCUAGCCAUCUCAUUGAAUUAUGACCAUUUAAACGUAACUGAUAUCUAGUUCUUCCCAUUAUUCUACUACAUACUGCAUAUGAAUAUAGAAUUAGUAGAGGUUGCAUAAUCGUUAUACUAAAUUACCAUUUUAAAAAUUCUUACAUGUCCUCCAAAUAAGAGGCCUGCAUUAACACAGAGAAGUUAAUGCUGCUUUAUUGCUGUUGAUACUAAUCAAAAUGUCAGUAAUAUUGCCAGAAUGUCAAAUAGUAGAAUAAGAACACACGCCUAUGAAGAGUGCCGACGUUUCUUCAGAAAUGAUUGUAUUUGAUAGCACUUGAACUGAAUUUGUGCUUUUAAUCAUAAUACUUUCCUUCAGUACUUAUUACUGCAAUCAUAUCAGUUGUUCAUGAAUGUAGUCGCUCUUGCCUUGCAAACUUAAAGACGCACCUGAGCAUUAAGAAAUGUGAAAUAAACCAUAAUGUUUGAUAAA